AUGAUGGUAAUUCCAGUUAGUCAACAUAAAUUAAUUAAAAUUCGCCGAACAAAUCGAGAUCGAUUAACAAAACUCGCACUUUUUUGCUCAAUUGUUUCAUGUGGAUGUAAUAUUUUAUGUUAGUUCAUUUUUUAUUUCACAAAAAAAGUUUUAAAAAAAAGAAAAAUUGUAGGUUCUUCAACAAAUCAUUGGCUUUAUACCUCAGAAACAUUAAAAUAUUUUGUUUUUCCAAAUCAAACUGUUGAUUUUGAUUUAUCCUCAUCUGCAGCUGCUCCCGUUUAUUAUAAAAAUGCUACAAUUGGACCUUGGCUUUUUUGUUGGACAGAUCGUGAGUUUUUUAUUUGAAAAAUGCAAAAAACGUGCAAAAAUUGAAACUAUAGAAACCCGAUAUUGUUAAUUAUUCAACAAUUUGUUCUUUGAUAUCUACGGAUUACUGUAGUUGAGAACUGCAAUGAGUGUUUGGUCUAUUUUUAAAUCGAAAUGAAUUCAAAAAUUAAUAGGUCUUGAAAGAAAAUCCUCUGGAAGAAAAUUGAUGUAGACUUUCAAUAAAAAAUUUCCGGUUUUUCUAAUUCCAUGAAAGUGUUUCCGAUGUUCGUUAAAAUCAAAGAAUAAUUUAUUACGUAACUUGGAGAGAAGUGAACUUCGAGAAUGUCAGAAAUCUGUCACAGAUUUUGAUUAUUAAUUUAUUUUUUUUUAGCAAUCACACCUUUUCAUUGUUCGACAGUUUAUUAUUUAACCGAUGAGGAACCAAGUGAUACAACAACUUCAAUACAACGUAUGAUUUUUUAUUUUAAUUUUAAAAAAACUGAUUGUGAAAUAUUUAUUCAGAAUCUGUACGAAAAGCAUUUCUUUUCAUGUUGAUUGGAAUGGUUUUGGAUUUUUUCGGAACAAUUGUUGCAUUUUUAUGUUAUUGUCUUCGAAAUCCUUAUGCAUCAUUGCUAGUUUCUUCGUUAUUGCAUAUUAAUUCAGGUGGACACCAAAAAUAUGAGUUUCAAUUCAAAUACUUUUUUUUAGGAAUUGCCAAUUUUUCUUGUAUAAUUGUUUAUAUGUCUGCAGUUUCAAAAGAAGUUGGGAACAAAAUUCAUGCGGCAUCUGAAAUGGAUGAUCCAAUGUUUUAUAUGUCAUAUGGUUUUUCGUUUUGGUCAUUGAAAGUUUGUUCUUUGCAAAAAAAAUGAAAAAAAAAUUUUAUCAAAAUGUUUCAGAUAAGUUUUUUGUUCACCGAAAUGGCUGCUCUUUUUUCAAUUGUUGUUUAUAUGGCAAAACGGGAUGAAAGAACUUUUAACAGAUAUAAAAUCAGGUCGACAUUUACGUUUUCAAAGGUGAAUUUUUGAAGAACUUUUGAAUGGACCAUUUUUUCUCCUGAUCCAAAAUUUUUCAUAAAAUUUUUCAUUUUUUUAAUUCACCUCAUUUUUAAUAACUUUUCGAAUAUUUCGAGAUCAUGGGAAAAAUGUUUGCAAAAACGUUGGAUAAUUUGUCCAAUUUUCCCAGUCCAUUUCAGAAUUGUAUACUGACUGAAAAUAAUUUGAUACCUUUUUUGAUGGUCCGACUCAGACCAAAAAUAUGGACAACUAAAGUUUGAAUUUUCCAGAAAGAAGAUAGUUCAAUUGAUUCUCGUCAACGAAGUUUGUUAUCUGUCGAACCAAAUUCCAGAUAUAAUCGUCGAACAGGUUCUUUCACUUCAGAUGAUUCAGCUGUUCCCGAUUUAGAUUCAAUGAUUCCUCGAAAAGAAUCAAACGAUGAUCAACAUUUGAAAAUUGGAUUACAUGAGCCAUUCUCAAUUUUAUGCGAAUCUCUCAAAAAAUUGCCCGAAGUUAAACAAUCAGAUUGCGAAGUAUGUAUAAAUACGCAAUUUCCUGUCAUAAAUCAACUUGUCUUUUUCUAGAAUCCUCAACGCAAAUUGACGAAUCCAACAAGAAGAUGUGCUAUUCCAAUAUCACAAGAUUAUCUAAAUAUUGGUUCAUAA